GCGCUUCCUUCCGACUUUCCUAGUUUCAGUAGCUUCCGCCUCCAUUUUGUCAUCGUAUGUACAAGUGGCAAAGGAAAACCUCUACAACUAUUGCGUCGUAGAGAUAGAUUCUCCGGCAAUGGACGGCAUUGUCAGUGAUGUUGGUGUGGGGGUGAAGAGAGGAUCAGACGAGCUUUUGUCUAGUAGUCUCUACAACAGUCCCAACUCUGGCAUGAGCAGUAUAAGUGACGGCACGUCAAACGGAAGCGACAGUAAGAAGUUUAAGGUGGAGGACGCGCCCCCCUCCCGCGUGCUCCACAUCAGGAAGCUCCCCAACGAGGCCACUGAGACCGAGGUCAUUGCCCUGGGGCUGCCCUUUGGCAAGGUCACCAACAUCCUUACGCUGAAGGGCAAAAACCAGGCCUUCUUAGAGAUGGGGACAGAGGAAGCAGCCAUCACCAUGUUAAACUACUACAUGGCCGUGACCCCACACGUGCGCAACGCGCCUGUCAUCAUCCAGUACUCGACUCACAAAGAGCUGAAGACAGACAGUGCAGGCAAUCAGCGGGCACAGGCGGUUCUACAGGCCGUGUCAGCUGUGCAGGGGGGCGGCAUGCCCACGUCGAGCUCAUCUGCCAGCGAAAGCGCUCUCACGCCCGCUCCAAGCCCCGUACUGCGCAUCAUCAUCGACAACAUGUUCUACCCCGUCACCCUGGACGUGCUGCAGCAGAUCUUCUCGAAGUUUGGAACGGUCAUGAAGAUAAUCACGUUCACCAAGAACAAUCAGUUCCAGGCUCUGCUGCAGUACAGUGAGCCCGUGAAUGCGCAGCAGGCCAAACUGGCCCUAGAUGGACAAAACAUCUACAACGCUUGCUGUACACUCCGUAUUGACUUCUCCAAGCUGGUCAACCUGAAUGUGAAGUACAACAACGACAAGAGUCGGGACUACACGCGCCCGGAGCUCCCGUCUGGAGACGGCCAGCCCAGUGUUGACCCUUCCGUAGCAGCAGCCUUUAGCAAGGACUCCUCCUCGCUGCUCGGUAAGAUUCCAGGUGCCCUGAGCCCGUUGAAUGCUGCAGCGGCCGCCGCGGCAGCAGCUGGAAGGGUGGCACUCGGCCACACGGGCACCAGUGGAGUCCUCCUGGUCAGUAACCUCAACGAAGAGAUGGUUACGCCCCAAAGUCUCUUUACCCUCUUCGGCGUCUAUGGUGAUGUGCAGCGUGUGAAAAUCCUGUACAAUAAAAAAGACAGCGCCUUGAUCCAGAUGGCAGACUCUAAUCAGGCCCAGCUUGCUAUGAGCCAUUUGAAUGGUCAGAAGAUGUACAGCAAGAUCAUCCGGGUGACCCUGUCCAAGCACCAGACGGUCCAGCUGCCCCGAGAGGGUCUGGAUGAUCAAGGGCUCACUAAGGACUUCACAAACUCGCCCCUGCACCGCUUUAAGAAGCCUGGCUCCAAGAACUUCCAGAACAUCUUCCCUCCUUCAGGCACCUUGCAUCUAUCCAAUAUCCCUGAAGACAUCACAGAGGAUGACCUUCGAGUUCUGUUCUCCAACUCUGGCGGCACGGUGAAAGCCUUCAAGUUUUUCCAGGAUCAUAAAAUGGCACUCCUGCAGAUGGCCUCGGUGGAAGAGGCAAUUCAGGGCCUCAUCGACCUCCACAACUACAACAUGGGUAACAACCACCAUCUGAGAGUUUCCUUCUCUAAAUCGACCAUCUGAGAGGGGUCACCCCCACCACCACCACGCGAAGACGCAUCAACACUAUUUCCCCCUUUUUCUGUUGAAUUUUUUUUUUUUUUUUUGACCCUUUUUUGGGACCAGAGUAACCUUUAGUUUGUCAUAAAUAAUUAUCAGUCAUUCCUUGAAAAUCGUGGAUGGAGAACAUUUUACUUCCUCAUUGAUCCCCGUUUUCCAGUUUGUACUAUUUGGUCAUUUUACCUUUUCUCAUUUCUUCAUGUGAAGGAAGGAUGAAGGAAUGUUGGCUCCUAGUUUUAUUUGCCGAUUGACAAACAAUGUGCCUUACUUGACAAAAAAUAAGUUUCAGCUCUUCUACAUCCACACAUCUACACGAACUACAGUCUGUUUUGGGGGGCACAUUUGUUUUGAUGCUAGAAAAGGAUGUUUGACGCAGGGGGAAAUGUGAUUAUAUGUUUUGUCAUGCACUGUUGCUUGUGUUAAGCUGUUGGUUUUCUUCCACUUUUUUUGACAUUUUUGGUUAGUAUCUGGUAUAACUAUUCUUGGUUGUUUGGGAAUGUCGGAUCAUAAUGAAAUUGACAUUAGCUCAUGAAUUAUCUUUGAGUACAGGCCACACUUUAUUUUUGAAAGAGGGCUUAACAAUCUCAACAACCAAAGCUUUUUUUUUUUUUAUCCUCAAAUCAACAGGAUUUAUUUUAGCGCCUUUUUUUAAAUGCUGAUCCAACAGCCCUGUGGCAAAGAAUACAGUGUAAAUGUCAUUGUGAUUGAGGAUGCUCCUGUAGAUAUCUUCUGAUCUUCAUGUGGCGUUUAUAUUGCUUUUUUACGCUGUGCUAAAGGGUCCCCCCAAGUUUUGUUUCACUCUGCAUGCGUUGACUGCUUUAGCUAGUUAAAGAUUUAUGAGCACUAGGCUUGUGCAUGAGAUUAGAAGCUAACCUAAAGAGAGCCUUUUUUUUUUUUUUUUUUUUUUUUUUUUUUUUUUGUGUGUGUGGCUGUUUACUGCUGAGGGAUUCAUGGGAGGGACCAAAACCUAUGUGCCUUUAGUCUUAAUUUCCACAGCAAACAGAAUUUUUACCCAACUGAAAGGUGUGUUUUUUUUUUUUUUUUUUUUUGUAUUUAUGGAAGAAAAAUGCAAGUGAUUUAUGAAAAAUGAUUCCAUGCAUUGUUGUAAGGUUAACCAAGGACUUGUUUGUGAUGGAGCAUCCUGCCUUUUUUCUCCCCAAGAUCACACUGUACCUAUCUAGGAAUUAAAGCAUAUUGUCUCUGUUUGCUAAAAGGAAAAACAAGACGGAAAAGCCAUGUAUGUUUUCUAUAUUAGUUGAAUUUUUACUGCUUUAGUAAUGUAAGAUCCGGUAAAGUUUGACAAUGGCACAAUUAAAAACAGAAUUUUCUAACAAAGCGGGAAAGGUUUGUGCUUGA